UCCCAUAAAGCCCAAUGAACCCAAAUCAAAAUAUCUGGUUCUUUGAUUUCUCAAUUUUCUCUAAUAAUCAACUCUUUAAUUUUUUUGUAAGUGAUCGAGAACUAAUUAAGCUUCUAAAGAGGUAGCUGCUAGAUGGGAUGGAUAUUGAUUUUUCUGUCCCUAAUCGUACUUUGGAUUGCUUCUUUAUGCAAAAUUCUCCAUGUUUCAAAUUCAGCUUAUAAAACAUCUUUUCUCAAUGGUAGCAAGAAAAAUGUACUUCUGGUCAUUGCACACCCUGAUGAUGAGUCCAUGUUCUUUUCUCCAACGAUAAACUAUCUGAUUUCAAGAGGGCAUAAUGUUCAUAUUCUUUGCUUAUCAAUUGGUAAUGCAGAUGGUAUAGGAAAUACGAGGAAACAUGAGCUCUAUCAGGCUUGUGCUGUCCUUAAGGUUCCACUUCAACAAGUGAAGGUUCUGGACCAUCCUAAAUUGCAGGAUGGGUUUGGCCAAGUUUGGGACCAUAGCUUAUUGGAAAAUAUCAUUGAAGAGGAGGUAUCUGGUCACAACAUUAACGUGGUUAUUACAUUUGAUAAUUAUGGUAUUUCAGGUCAUUGCAAUCAUCGUGAUGUGCAUUAUGGCAUCCUCAAGCUGUUGAAUGGAAAUCGACAAGCUAACAUUGAAACUUGGGAACUUGUCAGUACGAACAUCUUACGCAAGUAUAGUGGACCAAUAGAUAUCUGGUUAUCCAUGCUAAAGACAAUGAAAUACAAAAGUGAGGAAACGUAUUGCUUGCUGAAUGAGCAUCCUCAAAAGACUUUAUAUGCAAUGGCAGCACACUCAAGCCAAUGGGUUUGGUUCCGCAAGCUUUUUGUAGCAUUUUCCAGUUAUACUUAUGUGAACUCACUCAAAAGGAUCAAGCUAGCUGGCGGUUUGUGUCGAAACUCCCUGAUAUACGUUGGGCUCCCAGAGGGGUUGAACCGGGUUCUCCCUCUCCAGCCUUUGGCACACAUGAAGCCGGCACUCAGUACAGGCACACUUUCGUCACCGUCUACGAAGGAUACUCCUUUUUUUAAGCAACUAUCUUCUUCUCCGUCAACUGAUGUAUCGAUCCGAAGUGGAAUACUCGUGCACCUAUCUGAAGGUGAAAGCUUGAACACAUAUGAUCUUUCGGUGGGAAGUCCAACACCGUAUGAGCAGUAUAUCUCCAUAUCCGGUGCAUCAGGUCCAGUAGGAGAGAGAGAGUGGGAAAAUGGUAAGAAUGGCAAGAAAAUGGCAAGAGAUGGGAGAAAGAAUUUCUGGGUGUUGUUUGUUUGGAGUGAAAGUGAAAGUGACAGAGAAAAUGUGUGGUGGUAUGAUCAGUCAUGAGUGGGAAAAAAGCACACAAAACUAGAAACACAGAAACCCAAAUUGUCUAAAAUGAUGAUAUUCAUUCUCCCAUAUGUAAUAUAGUAUAUAUAAUGAAGAAGAUGAAGAUUGUAAGAUGGUGCAAAAACAGACAAAUUUGGAGUAUAAUGUAUUAUAUUUAGGCACAUUGUUCAAAGAGAUGAAGAAGCAUUAUGGAUUUUAGGUAUGGCAAUGAAAAUGAUCCUAUAUUCUCUUCA